CAAAUGACAACUGAUGCUUCUACUCCUAAAAAGAUGGAUCCUGAAAUGACUACUCACAAACCAAUGGAAAUGAUGACUAAAACAAUAGCUUCUCAAAUGUCAACUGAUGCCGCUACUCCUGAAAAGAUGCAUCCUGAAAUGACUACUCACAAACCAAUGGAAAUGAUGACCAAAACGAUCGCUCCUCAAAUGACAACUGAUGCUUCUACUCCUAAAAAGAUGGAUCCUGAAACGACUACUCACAAACCAAUGGUGAUGAUGACUAAAACGAUCGCUUCUCAAAUGACAACUAAUGCCCCUACUCCUAAAAAGAUGGACUCUAAAAUGACUACUCACGAACCGAUUACCACAUCGAAAAUGACAACUGAAAAGACAACUACUCAACAAAUCACGACUGAUCAAACGACUACUUCUAGAAUGACCACUUUUAAGAUGACAACUGGCGAACAUGUUACGGAUAAAACAACAGGAAAGACGACUGGUGGUAGCUCGACUGUUAAUAGAAGACGAUUAAAUCACUAAUCUAUUGAAAAUCAAGGCAAAUUGAAAAAGAAACGCUUUAUAUCUUCUUAAAUUUAAAUAUAAAUAAUAUCUAUAGCUGCUAUAAAAAAUGAAUGUAUCAAUUACAAUACUGAUAUUAAUUAAAUAGUCAAUUAAAAAUAGUUCAACCUAAUCAUAUUGAGGCGGUGAUGAUAAUCAUUGAACCUUUCAUUAAUACUGAAUGUUUCCUUGCCUGAAUACAUUUUAUAAUCUUCAAUAUUCCAAUGUUUUCUUCUUCCAUAAAGAAGUGAUACUUUCGGUCAAAAGUUAGAGAAGUUACAAAGCGAUGUUACAAACAUUUCGAUUAAUUUUCAAAGGAUGUUUAAUGAAAAUGCUCCAGAGUUAAAUAUAG